UAUCCCACUUGAAAAAAUAAAAUAAAAUUAAAUCUCUCUCGUUUUUGCUCUUCUUGACCAACGGGUUACGGCUACGAUCUCUCCCUCUCGCGCCGCGCGAAAUCUAGGGUUUCUGCGAAUCGGACUCGUCAACAGUGGUAUUCAAGGAAGGAUUUUGAGAUAUGGGGAAGAGGAAGUCAAAGGCAAAGCCACCUCCUAAGAAGCGGAUGGACAAGCUUGACACUGUCUUUAGCUGUCCUUUCUGCAACCAUGGCACAAGUGUUGAAUGCCGCAUUGAUAUGAAGAACUUGAUUGGGGAAGCGUCAUGCAGAAUAUGCCAAGAGAACUUCAGUACCUCCAUCACAGCUUUGACUGAGGCAAUAGACAUAUAUAGUGAAUGGAUUGACGAAUGCGAACGGGUUAACAACCCUGAAGAUGAUGGUGCUUAGCAUGAAGAACUGAUGCCCUAGAAAAACAGUUCAGUAUUGGAAUAGCUCUUAAUCUUCGAGCUAGUAACUAUCGGAGUUGUUGGUGUUGGUGGGAGGAGUGUGCAUCAACUUCUGCAGACAAUAUUGAUAGUUUAAAUAUUAUUCUACUAUGGCUGUAUAUGUUAGUGUGAGAAUAAUGUGUACGCAUUUCAAGGAAACCACAUGAGGAACUUGCCCAACUGAGGCUAUCCAAAUAUUAAGAGUUCCAAUGCAUUGUACUGAAAUACUUAAAAGUUUUAUAUGCAGAUAUAUUGUGAUGUAUGAAAGUCUUUGGUUUACA